AAAUCUGGCCAGCAAAAUAAAAUUCAUCAUAUUGGUAUUAAUGAUAGUAAACAAGAAAAUAAAGAUCACAAUCAAGAUGAUGAUAAAGAUGAUGAUGAAGAUGAUAAAGAUGAUGAAAAUGAAAAUGAAAAUAAUAAUGAGAGUAUCAGUAAACAAUUUGUUAAAGAAUUAUUUGUUUCUCAAAGAUAUGUCAGGAUUUAUGACUUGGCAAAACAGGUUUGGUUCAAAAAAUUGCUUCCAGGGGCAAGAUGGUUGAAUAGCAUUGACAUUCAUCAUGGAGGAGAUAAUUUAAUUGCAUCAUCAUUUGAUAAAAGAGUAAUAUGGCAUGAUUUAGAGUUGUCUAAUACACCAUAUAAAACAUUACAAUAUCAUGAAAAGGCAGUUAGAAGUAUCAAAUUCCAUGAAGGGGGAUUACCACUAUUUGCAUCUAGUAAUAGUGAUGGAAGCAUAGAUUUCAUGGGAUGGUUUAUAAUGAUUUUAUGA